GUCUUUGUCGCAGGAGGCGGACCUUCCUUUUACAUGAGCAAGCCAUCCCGGUACAAUGUCAGCUGAUUCUCCCCGGAGGACUGGUUUGCACAAAGGUGCCCAAAUCAUCACCCCUCAACCCAUCAGUGACACAUCCAUCAUAGACAGCGUCGCUGGGAUCAUCAACGACAUAGUUCCGCAGGGUUACACCAGCAGUAUACCAAACUCUGACAACAGGGAGUCCAUAACGUGGGCUAGAUUCGAGUAUGCGGAUGUCAACGAUCCACUCUUCUAUCCUGAUUAUAACGAGGGCUCUAGCAUACCACCUUUGCUACUCGUCCUGGGCUAUACAACUGGAGUACAAGUAUGGCUAAUCGCAGCAUCUGGCGAGGCUACAGAGGUUUUGUCAUGGCGACAAGGUAUGGUGCGUACUUUGCGAAUUCUGCCUAAUCCCAAUAGCGGCGAGAGGGAACGUAACGAUCCGUUUAAGCAGAAACGGCCGAUGGUAGCGAUAUGCGAUUCGGCCGGGCCCGGACCUCAAUUCUGCAGCGUCAGCUUCAUAUCGCUAAAGACUGGCGAACAGGUGAAGAGUAUCAAGUUUAAAAGUCCUGUCUGUGAUGUUCUCGCUAACAAACGAUCCAUCGCUGUCACCUUCCCCGAGAGAAUAGCCGUCUUUGACGCCAAGACAUUGGAAGAUGUGCUGACAAUCACCACGUGCUAUUUGAGUCCCGGGCCAAAUCCAAAUCCGGUUGCUCUUGGUACAAGAUGGCUGGCUUACAGCGAAAAGAAGCUGAUACCCGGACGCAGAAGCAGCGGCGGCAGCGAGGGCGAGGGCGUCUCGAGUUAUACGGCGACGGUCCUCUACGCGGCCAAAUCCCUGGGUAAGGGCCUACGAGGUCUCGGUGAAACGGUCGCCUCGAGUCUCACCGGCAACUCCGUCUCGCCGAUUAGCACCGUCAACAAUGCCCAUAUAGCCGACUCCGCGCAGCCGGGCGUCGUCACGAUCCUCGACUUGCAGGCUGCUAAGGAAGAAAAGGAAAUGGAUGACGGGAACGUGGAAACUGUGGUCGCACACUUCGCCGCUCAUAACGAUGCCAUUGUUGCCAUGAUCUUCGACCAAACCGGGGCCCUGCUCAUGACAGCGGACAAGCGCGGACACGAUUUCCACGUCUUCAGGAUACAACCACAUCCGGGCGGCCCGAGCCUAGCCGCCGUCCACCACCUGUACGUUCUCCAUCGGGGCGAUACGACGGCCAAGGUACAGAAUAUGAGCUUCUCGAGCGACGCUCGCUGGGCUGCAGUCUCCACAGUCAGGGGCACGACCCACGUCUUCCCCGUAGCCCCGUACGGCGGUCCCGUGGGCGUGAGGACGCAUUCAUCGCCCCACGUCGUCAAUAGGCUCUCGAGAUUUCACAAGAGCGCGGGCCUCACCGACGACGGGGCCCGUUCCCAUUCCCCGGUCUCUCACACGGAGCUGCCUCUGCCCGUCUAUCCUUACACGAAUCCACGAUUACCGCCUUAUCCGCACCCGACGAUCCUUCACCCCUUGGCGCAGAUCAGACAACCAUCGAGCUUGAAUCACAUGAACAACCAAGCACAACCGAGGGUGCAGCAACGACAGCGUCUACAUUCGGACGACAGCGUGACGUUGCCAUUGAAAAUCUGCGCCUGCUUUGCACCACCGCGAGCCUGGAUUUAUUCACAACGCGAAUCAGCUAACAAAUUGCUCAAACGAGCCAUCGACUCUUUAUUCAUUAUGGCUUGCCACGGCAACAUGAUCCAAUACGAUUUGGACCCUAAACCGGCUGCCGGCGUGCCAAAGGAAAAAGUAUGCGAUGAAACGUCGAUCGAACUGGAGAUGGAGGCGAAAGGUCAAUGGCCACUCUUGAGAACCUCGAUUUCCUCCGACAUCGUUCCUCCUCUAUCGCCCAACAGUUUACUCAUGGGUGUCUCCAUCACCCCGUCAAACGACCAACAAAUCAACAGCAUCGAGAGUCGAUGGUUGAGCCAAGUAGAGAUCUUCACACACGCCGGGCCUCAUCGUCGACUUUGGAUGGGACCUCAAUUCGUUUUCAAAACAUACAAUGCGCCGAGCGGGGUCGCAGCCAAUUUGGUGGAGGCGGAGACCGUGGAAAUUGGCAUCGCAAGUGGCUCCCGACCCGCCAGAUCCAAUCCCGUGAAUAUGCCCCACGCAGCGAGCAGGCCACUGAUACCGCUAGUCAUCGAUGGCUCUGGAAGCAGUUACGAGCAGUCGCCGAGAUUCGUAGAGGCUUACGGAGACGCCUUAGAUCAGGAGGAUGUUGGUGUAAUUGGAAGUGGUGAGAACCAAUUGAGAGAGGAUCUCGCGGAGGCCAUGCUGGAGACGUCGUCGACACCUCACCGAGUCGCAGGUGGGAAUCAGUCGAUGGCGAGCUACGAGGACCUGAGCUCAAGCAGUUUCAGCUCGGCGAGUCGCGCAUCCCUGGACGCCCGGAGCUCACCGACGGCCUCCUACAGCGCCGAGCACAUGAUGGUCUUCCCGGGUGACAGCAGCGGCUCAUUAUGAGUUUCCGCCCCGGGGACGGGCAGUUUCGCCAACUGGAUGCGUAUACCCCUCUACUAUUUCAGAGACUGAGUCCUCCCCGAUACGGACUCUCAUCGGCGUAUUUCCUGUUUUCUUCUAACGGGCCACCACUACGCACAUUCAACAAAAUUCCCUUCUCCCACUGCCGCUAUACGUGGCUUUCCCCCGUAGUCGUGUACGGCCCUGUCGAGCCCAAAUUUGGUUGUAAAACACGCGCGUACACUCGGGCUUCUUAAUUCGAGCUCUCGAAUGCGCAAGCACAGCAUCUCAUUGACUCUGUACCAUUCGCCGAAUCCAAGUCCAAUGGCUGCUACAGCAUAUUUUACGAUAAUCCUUGGAUUCAACGCGUGUUCACUGUUACGUGGGGAAUCACUCGUGCAUUUUUUACCGUCGUUUGGUACCUUUAAUUUUCGGAAAUCCGUGUAUAAACGCUGAGAAACAUACGAUUAGUCUUAGGAGUCGGUCAAUUAGUGGCCUUCCAUUCAUGGAUUUUUUAUUACCGAUUUUUCCCAUAACCUUUAGGCAAAUUAUGGAAAUUAACGUAUUU